CCGUAUUGUCCUCGGUUAGAGGCAGGAGCCAACGAAAUUAAAGAAGAAGAAGUCGUCACGCAUAUCAAUUAUGUUUGGAAUUUUUGGGAAUUGAGUGCUGGUCUUUCUGAAGAAGAUAUCUAUUAUAAAUGGGUUUGAUUCAUCGUAGGAAAAUUGAAUAGGAUGUAAAUGAACAACUCGGAACGAGAAUGUUGACGUAUGUAUAUGUACACGAUGCACGUGUAAAAGACGAGAUAUACUAAAAACUAAAUGCUUGCAAAAACGAGUUAACUUAUAAAUACGAGUUAACUUUUAUAAAUUCAUGAAAAAAGAGAAAGAAAGGCUGUUUCAUCUCUGCUCCGAAGGAAGAAUUAUGUCAUUCGCAAAAAUUAAAUUCGGAGCAUUUUUAUAAAUAUUAUGUAUUUUCAUGUGUAACGAAACUUGAAGUUAUCUGAUAUGAUUGACAUAGACAUAGACAUGUUUUACAUCAUACCUCCAAAUGGUGAGAUACCACUUUAUGUUUUGGAAGAUUGUAUUUUGACCAGAUUAGAUUAUUUAAGGCUUCUGAGUGAAAAAUCUGCUAAUGGAUUUGAUGGGAAAUUUGAAUAUUUAUUAGAAAAUUCUGCUUACGAUAAAAUUGGACACUUUGUAUUACGAUUAUUAGCUUCCACGUCGUCAGAUUUAUGUACGUAUUGGAUAGCCAAAGAAUCAUUGUUAUUUAAGCAUAGAUUAGAUAAUAUAUCGCCUAGACAAUUACAUAAAUUAUUGAAGCAAAUUAUAUGGAAGCUGCAAGUGUUUAAAGACAAGAAAAAUGCAAUUGACACAACUUUGAUUGAGUUAUGCAAAUUUUAUUCGCAACCCUUAGUUUUCAAACAUCUUGUGUCAAACUGUCACGAUUGCAAUGACUUUCAAUACAAAGUGAGAUUCAAAAUAGUACCGGACUUGGUGAAAGAAAGAGAACUAGUCCUUAAUAAUGGAAAUAUUAUCACGUACUGUUCAAAUUGGAAAAAAGUGCUUCAAUCAUUAUUUAGUAAUUAUGUAACUAGUGAAAUGAGUAUCAUGAAGAGACAGGCGCAAUACACCGUAAAAUAUGACCUUAGAUUCCACAUUUUGAAUAAGAAAAUUCAAUCUUAUCUCUUCGAAGAGGGCAUUGCUCAUGGAAAAGUAACUGUUAAUAACAUAGAGACGGAAGCACAGAAAUUCCCAUUGUGCAUGCAACAUUUGCAUUCUCUACUAAGAAGUAGACAUCGACUCAGUCACUACGCGCGCUUAUACUACAGCCUUUUUCUGAAAGAAAUAGGAAUGACGUUGGAAGAUUCAAUUGUAUUUUGGAGGCAGGAAUAUUCCAAGCCACACACUUGCACUUCAGUAUGCUCGCAUAAUUGGCAAUCCAACGAAAAGAAAUUCAUAUACAGUAUCAGACAUAUGUACGGUUUGGAGGGAUCACGGAGAAAUUAUAAGACACCUGACUGCAAUCUGAUUUGCACUGGUAUUAGUGGAGCAACGUACGAGGGUGGUUGUCCUUUCAAGGAUUUUGAUAUGAGUGCACUCAGAAAUCUUUUACGAGCUUCAUUAACUGAAGGCGAAAUUGAGAAAUUUGUAAAUAAUAUAUCUAUUAAAGAUCCAGAAGUUCUCUGCACUGCAUUUCUGAAACUUGUACGCAAAGACGACGUUAACGAUGUCACUAUCAAAAGUCCGGUACAAUACUACCAAAGAAUGGCUGAUUAAUAUAGAUUUUAAUUUUCCUAUAUUGAAAAAUUUAUAUAACAAUUUAUACUGUCUAUCCUUGUCAGUAUUUAUUAUUGUUUAAUCCAUGUUGUUGAAGAACAUCCUAUCAAUAAAUUUUUGUAUAUGUUA